GCUGUCGGAGCCAAAAGGUCCAGUUACCCUCUGGCUAGAUUUGGAUUCCUCUUUAUCUCUCUCUCUUCAGAGGUGUCUCUUUCUGCAUUUAUUACUUCUAGAUUUAAAAAUCUUACUUUAUUCAUAAAUUUAUACAAGCAGAGAGCUAACAGAAUCAGCUCUGUCUGAAAGAAGAAAGAAAGAGGUCCUGAAUCCUUUUUGCAGUUGGUAAUUGCUAACUUGCUUGAUUGCACGUACAUUUCACACAAUUUGCUUGACAAGUGAGCCAAGACCGUGUGUUUCUCAUUCAUGACUUGGUGUGCAGAAGAAGAGGAGGAUGGCGAAGAAAAUAAUCUGAAGAUUUCUGAGGAGAAAAGAGACUGAGGUUUCACUCUGCUGGGAAGUCUCUGCUGAGAUAAACAGCCAUUCAUGCAUUCUGAAUUUUAAAUUCCAGGCACAACCUGAAACCCAAAAAGGAACUUCUCCAAAGAGCUGACCGACUGAGCCUGCAGAAUUUCCUUACUUUGCUUCCCAAGAAAUAACUAGUAUCAAGAACCAGACUGAUGGUGAAACCAUGGGGCUGAGUCACGUCUGCCUGCUGAGACACUGAGGUCUGAAACCCUGGCGAGGACCGGCUCUGUUCCCUUGGAGGAAAUGGCCGAGCAGCCUCAGCCACAGCAGAUGAAAACUUCCUUCCUUUUCAUCCAGCUGCAGCCCCCACCAACCCGAGCUACCCAAACUCUCCCCGCCCCUUCUCCAGCAACCGCAGUCUCAACAGCAGCCCCAGGGGGCCUGGAGGAGGGACACUUUUUCCCAAGUCCCAGAACAAGCUUCUUCUCAGCUCCCUGGAACCUCAAAUGUACGCAGGGCUUUGCUACUUCUCCUUCGAGCCUGCUGCCGGCGGAAGGCCCUGGAACACAGAGACCAGCUGCUUUCUAUUGCUAUUCACCGAAGGAAAAGAAGGAAGAAACAGAGAAAUCCCAGAAUCUGCAUGUAAGGAGGAGUGGAGUUGGUGGAUCCCCAUAUAGUGGGCGUUGCCUGGCCCCUGCUUCUAGGAAACUUGGCCUACCACAACAACUGCCAUGUAGGCUUGCUAGCCCAGAUCCUACACUGAAUGAUGGAAACAGCAGUCCUUCCAUAGGCUGGAAGCACUGGCCAGUCAUUUCUGCCCACGAGGACCUGUGGGAUAUGGACCCAGAAGCCAGGAAUGUCAUCGAAUUCUCAGUUCCACAAAGCACCCUGUCCUAUGCAGCUGACAGGGGCAAAAGAGCACUCCAGAGGACAGGGACUGUAAACCAAGAGGUACUCCCAAAAAACUGUGAAGAAAUAGGUACCGCCGUGCUGGCAACAAGGGCACAGCUCUUCAGAUAUUGCCCUACCGUUCAGAUCAGCCAGAGCUGCCUGGCCCCACCUGCUGCUGUGGCUCUCAAGGCAGAGCCGUUUGUUUGGGUUAACAAUGCAUCAGCACAUUCCCAGAGUGUUGCCAAGGCAAAGUACGAAUUUCUAUUUGGCAAGUCAGAAGAGAAAACUCCGGAUACUAGUGAUCAUGGAGGAAGCACUUUACUCCCACCAGCUGUCACAAAUGAAUUUCCAGAAUAUGGGACCAUGGAAGGAGGAGGGGAAGACCUCAGAGCCUCCCUAGACUUUGAUGCGAAGUCUCCACCAUGCCGCCUGCCUGGGCAGCAGGCCGUCCACCUUCUUGCUGGACAAGACUCUAUGCUUAACAGUGUUAUAGAAGGACCAAAUGAUGCCCCUCAGUGUCACCCUCAGGAACAAAGUUUACAACCCAUUGACUCUCUGAUUUCUGCUCUGAAAGCUACGGAAGCCAGAAUAGCUUCAGGAACAUUUCAAGCUACAAAGGUACUGGACAAAGAUGCUAACUUUUCAGUUUACCAGGUGGGUAAAGAACUGAGUAUUGCCAGUCAGAAGCCACGGAGAACCCAUAGGACAUUCCCUAUUGGCCCAGGAAAAUCACCAGAUAUACCUCUUUCGGUGGAAGUACCAACGGAGGAAAAAUUCUCUUUGCACAUCCAGGAGGAUCUGACUGCACUCUUACCCGAAGAAGCCCAAGCACAACUGUCCCAAAUAACUAAUUACAGGAGACAAGGGCCUCUCCAGGUGCCAGAGUCAGUGUGUCAUCCUGUGUCCUCAGGCUCAGUAGGGAGCCAUAACCCUGUGGACGGAGUUGGAGUUGGUGCUUUAAAAGAUCAGAGGUCUGACCUUGGAAGAGAGCACCCUAGAGGAUGUGAUCGGGGUGGCUCCAUGGGGCGCCAAGGCCGGAUCAAACAUGUAGGGUUUCAAGGAGUAGAGAUUUUCCGGGCGGGAGAGGAGGCGGAGAGCCGGUAUUCCGUAGGCUUCGAGACACCACCAGAAAGGACAGCCUCACCUGCGCCUGCGAGCAAAGAGUUUGCCAAAGGGCCAAGUCAUUCUAGCCCCGCCGCUGGUGUGUGCAGCAGCUCCACUCAUUUAACUGGGAGCAUUUGGGAUGAGACUUGCAAAGCUCCUUCAGCACGGCCGGGCACGAGCUUAGGCACGCUGUCGUCCCCUGCGCCUCUCGGUGAGAGUGGAGAGGAUGAGGUCUUCCUGAGAGAAAGCAAAGAACAUCUUGAGGAGAAUGUUGAUGUGCAGGGGGACAAAGAAAGGUUUCUUGAUCAAGAGGAGCACCUUAGGGGAGGAGAUGAUGAUAUUCUUGGGCCUGGAUAUACGGAGGACUCCACUGAUGUGUACAGCAGCCAAUUCGAAACUAUUUUGGACAACACUUCCUUAUACUACAGUGCAGAGUCAUUAGAGACACUGUAUUCGGAGCCAGAUAGCUAUUUUAGCUUUGAAAUGCCGCUUACUCCAAUGAUACAGCAGCGCAUUAAAGAAGGUGGCCAGUUCUUGGAGAGGACCUCUAUGGGAGGACAUCAUGAUGUGCUGAGUGUGUCAGCUGACGGUGGGAUAGUGAUGGGCUAUUCUACAGGGGUCACCAACGGACUGCACGAUUCUGCCAACUCGGUCUACACCAGAGGCCCUCAAGAGAUUGCAUUCUGGGGAAGUAGGGGCCAUUGCUUUGCUGAGGGGAAACCAACACUACUAGAUGCUGGUUCUGACAUGGGGAGCACUGACAUUCUGGAGAAGGAGACCCCAGAGAGUCUUAGUAAUGGCACUAACAGCAAUGUGGAAGCAGCUAAGAGAUUGGCCAAACGCUUGUACCAUCUAGACAGAUUCAAAAGAUCGGACGUUGCGAAGCAUCUAGGCAAAAACAAUGAAUUUAGCAAGCUGGUUGCAGAAGAGUACCUGAAGUUUUUUGACUUCACAGGGAUGGCGCUGGAUCAGUCUCUCAGGUAUUUUUUAAAAGCAUUUUCUCUUGUGGGAGAAACCCAGGAACGUGAGAGAGUAUUAAUACAUUUCUCCAAUAGAUAUUUUUCUUGUAAUCCAGACACUAUCACCUCAAAAGAUGGAGUCCAUUGCCUCACCUGUGCUAUGAUGCUCCUCAACACAGAUCUGCAUGGCCAUAAUAUUGGAAAGAAGAUGACCUGCCAGGAGUUCAUUACAAAUCUCCAAGGAGUAAAUGAAGGUGGGGAUUUCUCGAAGGAUCUUCUGAAAGCUCUGUACAACUCAAUCAAGAACGAGAAGCUUGAAUGGACAGUAGAUGAUGAAGAGAAAAAAAAACCUCCCUCAGAAGGUACUGAUGAGAAGGCUAAUGGAACACACCCAAAGACUAUCAGUCGUAUUGGGAGUACAACCAACCCAUUUUUGGACAUUCCUCAUGACCCAAAUGCGGCUGUCUACAAAAGUGGAUUUUUGGCUCGUAAAAUCCAUGCAGAUAUGGAUGGAAAGAAGACUCCAAGAGGAAAGCGAGGAUGGAAAACCUUCUAUGCUGUCCUGAAGGGAACAGUUCUUUACUUACAAAAGGAUGAAUAUAAGCCAGAGAAGUCUCUGUCCGAUGAAGACUUGAAGAAUGCGGUGAGUGUGCACCAUGCUCUCGCGUCCAAGGCCACCGACUACGAGAAGAAGCCGAACGUGUUUAAACUCAAGACUGCAGACUGGAGGGUCUUGCUUUUCCAAACCCAGAGUCCAGAGGAAAUGCAAGGGUGGAUAAGCAAAAUUAACUGUGUGGCAGCUGUAUUUUCUGCACCACCUUUCCCAGCAGCCAUUGGCUCUCAGAAGAAGUUUAGCCGCCCACUUCUGCCAGCCACUACAACAAAAUUAUCCCAGGAGGAACAGCUGAAAUCCCAUGAAAGCAAGCUGAAGCAGAUCACCACGGAGCUGGCUGAGCAUCGCUCAUAUCCCCCAGACAAGAAGGUCAAAGCCAAGGAUGUCGAUGAAUACAAGCUUAAAGAUCACUAUCUGGAUUUUGAGAAAACCCGUUAUGAAAUUUACGUCAGCAUCCUGAAAGAAGGAGGCAAAGAGCUCCUGACUACUGAUGGAAACGAGCCAGCGGGACUGAAGAAGUCACACUCAAGUCCUUCCCUUAACCCAGAUGCAUCUCCAGUCACUGCCAAGGUCAAGCGCAACGUGUCAGAGAGAAAGGACCACCGCCCUGAAACACCAGGCAUUAAGCAGAAAGUUACUUAGAAUCCAUCCGCGGCCAGGAAGUGCUGGUCAUGGAGCAAAAUAGGGUUUUUCAAGAUCUUUCUGGUAAUCCGUGAAUAUAUUUAAGAAACAGUCUGUGACUAGAUGGUGCAUUAGUAACCUUUUAUAUUGUAUAUUUUUGUUAGUUUCUGUACAGGUGUCUUUGCUCUUGAGUUCUUCGCUUUGAUGAUUUGGACAACUUUAUAACUAAUGCACCUUUUGUGAGGAGGAGGGUUACAGGUCCUUUCUCCUGCUUUCUCUUAUUUGCACUUCUGCACAGUUAUUUUAUGUAUCCCUGAUCAAUUGUUGUACUUUUUUGUUUUAGGUUUAAAUUUUUAAAUCCAUUGUGAAACACAUAACUGGACAAGCAUUGUGCUUUAGUAAAUCCUAGACUUUCCAUGUGAAAUCCUGCCCAGUCACGGAGGUGAAGUUGAAAGUUCAUAGUUGCUCACAUUAAAAAUGGCAGCGCUGGGAGUCAAGGUGUCCCAAGGUGGGACACUUCUGCGUCCUCCUGGCACCUGUUGUUGGUGCUGGACACAGGACAGAAGGGAGCAUGAGGAAGACAGGACUGGGGACUUCAGGGAGGCACAGGAGUUUGUCUCAGGUGUGCCUUGCAUUCCAGCCAGGCAAGGGAAUUCAGAAGUGGAGUCAUCUUGCUUGAAGGGCGACUGAGGGUGGCUUGAUCCCGAGCCACUUUUGUUUUCUAAAGGCUGGUGGCAGUAACCAGCUCUUCGGAGCUACAGAAGUAGGAUGUAUGGUCUUCUAUAGGAAUGUUACCUCACUCCUGUGGGAUCUAAACUAGGAAUCAAAAUCAUCUCUGUGAUUGAUACCUUUCCAUCCAGGAAUAGAUUCAUUUUACAUAGAUGUGCAGGCAUACAUCAUGUCCUGGUUGAAACAAAACAAUGUUGGAAACAAACACCACCUCCCCCACCCCCACACAUUUCCCUUUCUUUUCUAUAUCAAGACAAAUAAGGAGCAACACAGCUGCAGUUCUUCAUCAGGACCAGUGGCCGUCAGACUGAAUCUGAAAUGAGUCUGAUCCCAGUGACUGGGGAUGGAGGAUCUGAUGUAUGUGCAGCUUCUUAGGUUAUUCUCAUCUCCACCCUACAGCCGUCUUGCAGUGUCACUAUUAAAGUUGCUCCUGGAAUGACCUGUA